AUGGUGCCGUACCUCUUCCCUGACCUUACUGCCUUUCCCACAGUCGCUAACCUCAUUACGCACCUCUGCACUAGUGACACUCGCUACCGCGCUGUGCUUCCUGCUGAGGACCACUUCCUCUCAAUUUGCCCCACCACUCUCACUGUUGACCUCCUCGAGAAGGGCCUCCUAGCAGCAGAGAAGAGCAUAGUCGCUGUAGGAGCCUCUCGUGGUGACCCUCGCACCCCCGUCUUUGAGGGGUGUUCCCCCUCCCCCCUCUUGCCCUCUGUUGCUUCUGCUGCUGCGGCCGACCUCGUUGGUUUCGAGUCGGUCGGCGCUGCGUCUGCCCCUAGCGAGAGAUGCCGCACCAGCAAGGCCAAGGGGGGCAAGGAAGCUGGAGGGGAUGACGGGGGCGGUGGAGGUGGUGGAGGAGGCAGUGGAGGGGGUGGGGGUGGUGGUGGGAGUGGUGGCGGGGGUGGUGGCGGCGCCGGCAGUAGUGGAGGAGGAGGAGGAGGCGGUGGUGGUGGCGGAGGGAGCGGAGGCGGCGGAGGUGGCGGAGGAGGCGGAGGUGGAGGAGGCGACAGAGGCGGCGGCGGCAGCAGUGGACCUGGUCGCGGCUCUGCGCAGAGGAGUGGCUCCGGUGGUGGUACGCGCGAGCAGCAGCAGAGCAGUUAUGAGACCCUAUCCCCUCAACAGCUUCGUGAGUGGUACGCUGCGCGUCAGCGCGGUGGGGGUACGGGUCCCUCCACCUACGUUCUCUGCACCGGCAACCGUGCUGGUGAGCAGUGCGGGGGGCCACACUCCUCCCAGCGCUGCUUCGGCCGCCUGACGGACGCGUGGCGUCACCAGUUUCCCGAGGCCUCUGAGAUCCCUCGCUGGGGAGAGCUGUCUAGGGCGGGGGUUGCUAUCUUUGAUCUUGAUUUUGAUGCUAUUCUUGCUGCCAUGUAUGCUGUUGAUGAUAGUGUUGCGGGUGACUGUUACCUGUGUGUACCGCCUGACCCGGGCAUUGAGGCUGCUGCUCUAGGGUCUAGUGCGUCUGCUGCCCCAGGUGCUAGUGCGUCUGCUGCCUUAGGUGCUGUUGAGUAUGUGCUCUCAGGUACUACGUCGACUCAGGCCUUACACAUCUUCACCCUUGACUGUGGUGUGUUCCGCUCCUUCUUUCGAGACCGCACCACUCUUACGCCGCUCAGUCGGCUGGUUGCAGUCUCCCUAGCGGACUCCUCUGGGGGUCCUGUCCUUGCUAGCUUCUCCACUGUCUUACCGUGCCCGGCAGCCCCCUUUGGCACCCUGUCAAGUCUCUACCUCCCCACGUUCUCUACGAACUUGGUGAGUGGAGCGGACCUACAGGAUAGGGGGGUUGACCAGUUCCCUCAGGGGUGA